AAAUAAGGAGCGUCGCAGUCCCUUUUUGUUGCGGAUAAUUACGCCUAAUCCCGAUGAUUCCGCGUGGCUCAUUUGCAUCUCGUUGAACGCUUGGGGAAUUGGGGGGUGUGUGGGAAGGAUCCGGAUAAGGAGAGAGGAGGAAGGAAGGCCGAUCGAGGGGGAUUAAUUAGGGCGUUCCGUGAUGCCUCCGAAAGGCGUGAGCAAAGCGGUGAAUAAGAAGUGUCGCGAGUGCAAGAAACAGGUACCAGUCGCAACAAAGCACUGUCACUGCGGUCACCAAUUCUUCGAGGAGAGGCGCCGGUCAACCACCUCAAACACCUCAGAGGUAGAGGAGAUUGACGACGGCCAUCUGAAGGAGAUGAAACCAAGCAGGGGAUCGGCCACGUCAACUGCAGUUAGUGGAAUCAUGUCUCUAACGGCAUCAGUGGGCAAGGGGGACCUAGGCUCGUCAGCCCCCGAGGGCAAGCGCCGCAGUGAGAGGGUCAAGCGGGAGAAACCCAACUUCUACGAUGCCUUAGAGUAUGAGAAUCAAAUGAGGAAGGCCCGGAAGGAGAGACAGAAGGAAGAACCUCCUAACCCCACGGGACGGGUGAAGCGUGAACGAAAAGUGAAGAACAACUCAGAGCCGGUUAGUGUUACCAUGUAUCGCUAUAACAAGGAAGAGGAGGAAGAUGAAGAGCCAGUGAAGGAAAAGAAGAAGAAGAAGAAGAAGAAGAAUAACAACAAUGGCGAGAAGAAAGACAAGGAAGAAGAAGUGGACGAAGACAUCAUGGCAGGCAUCACGGCAGAGAAGGAGAUGCAAUUCGGCAUCGUCUUGUCCGAUAUCAACUUCAAGCUUGGCCUCAACAACCCCAAAUUUAUCAAAAUUUGAAUACCUUUCAUCUCUUGAAAGAAAAUGAAUUUGUUUGGCAGUAGCUCCUGUGGAUAGGGGCAACUGUAUUUGAAUAUGAAAUUCAAAGAAAAUUAUUUAUUUGAAAUCAGUCUAGAAAUGUGGUGAGCAAAAAUACCCAUUAUAAAAGGGAAUCAAUUAUAGUGCUGUUAGAAUCAGAUAAGAAGUCAGCAUUAUCCAAAUGCAAAUAUCCAAAUGCAAAGUUUUAAUGCAAUCAUUCAUUUUCUAUAAAUGAAUAAUCAGUACUAUUUGAUGAACUAAGGUUGGGAUUUUGUAAACUUCUUCAUUACACCUCUCUUAUGAGAGGAAAUUUUCAGAUGUAGUUUAAAUAGGAGAGAUUUAUUAAUUGAUCAUCCGAAUCCGUUUCAUAUCUCUGGGACGUAAGGUAGCUAGAAGGUCGUGUGUCUCAUCUGUACCAUAAGUUUGUCUUGGAUAUGAAAAGAUGAUAUUUCUAGAAAAGAGUAAUUAUUUUUUUCUAAUAUUUGGUUUUACAUUUGCAUAUUGUUAUACAUUAAUGACAAAAGUAGGUGGAGAAGAGGGGAAGACCUUUUGUAUUAUUUCUAAGUUAGAAAGUUUCAGUCACAAAUGACAGGAAUUAGGAGGGCUGUAAGAUAGUGUGGAUCCUUCUUAUAUUUAUGAUGACAUUUUGAUAUGAAAAAUCUCAGUAAAUUUUAUAAUGGCAAAUGAAAUGUUUUUUAUCUCAUGAUUAUGACAGUAUUUGAUUUUUUUUUUUUAAAUGAAUGAAUGAUCUUUGAUGUCAGAUCUUUGUUAUUCAGACUGAGAAGAGUACAAUGAACUUUCCAAUGAGAUCUUCCAUUAUUGUGAAAUAUUUGUGUCUUUCUUUAUGAAUAUGUUUUAUAAAGAAGAACUAUGUCAGAGGAAUCAAGCAUCAUUUUGAAUUUAUUUAUAACAUAGUACAUAAAAUUCAGUUCCUUCAUUUUUCUAAAAGCAAUGAGUCCUUAUUAUCGCAAUUAUUACUACUAUUUUCUGCCAUUGUAUAAACUAAGGUGUACAUAUUUCUUAUGGUCAGGGAAAGGAAGGGAAUAAUAUAAGGUAUUUUCAUAAUAUGGAGAACCUACACAGUACCUUCAGCUGAAGUUGAUGCGUAAAUUUAAACCAAAGUUUCACACCUCAUCACAGAUUCUUCCCUAAAGCUGUUUAGGAAGGAAAGUAUUAUCUUGGGAGUUUUUUUUUUUUCUCUCUCACUCUUUCUUCCAUUAAUGAUUUUUGUUUUUUGUUUUUUUU